ACUCAAAGUGUCAGUCAUUUCAGUCAUGAGGACGGUUUCAGCCUGGAUUCUUAUGUUGUCUGUCUGUGAAAUAUACGCUGCAGAAACUGUGGAUAUUUACCAGAAACAGUCGUAUGUCUCUGCUAAGCCUGGUGAAGCCGUUACCCUUCAGUGCACACUGGCUGACCAUCAGAGUACUGAAGAUGUGUUUUGGUACAAACAGCCAGUGGGACAAAUGCCUCAGGAGGUGGGCAUCAAGGGGGCAUUUAUGGAAGCAGUAUUUUCAUCACAUUUCAAAAACUCAAGCUUCAAACUGGAGAGAGUGGAGAACAGCGUUAGUCUGACUAUAUCACACCCCACAAAAGACGACGAAGCGAUGUACUACUGUGGGAUAUCUGUGAUGAAGAUGAUCAAGUUUUCCACUGGAACAUUCUUAGCUAUUACAGAUCACCCUCAGUUAAACAUCUCAGUGCUCCAGACUCCAGUACGAGGUUCGGUUUCUCCAGGAGAGUCGGUCACUCUGCAGUGCACGGUCCUCUCUGAGAUCAGAGCAGCAGAUGUCCGAGUGCUCUGGUUCAGAGCUGCUGCAGGACAAUCCUUUCCUGAAAUCAUUUACACUCAUCAGAACAGCAGCAGCCGUCAGUGUGAGAUCAGCUCUUCUACACACAGCUCUGUGUACAACUUCUCCAAGAACAUCCUCGACCAGCACCAUACUGGAACUUACUACUGCACUGUGGCAGCUUGUGGGAAGAUCAUGUUUGGGAAAGGGUCCACUGUUGAAAUAGAUCAUUCCAGGUCUCAUCAUUCAGCUCUUGGUGUAAUGGGUCUGGCUCUGGGUUUAUUUGCUGUCUGGAACGUCAUACUGUGCUGCUUCUGUCUGAAAUGGAACAUUUGUGAACACUUCCGAUGCAACAAACCCCACCCUGUCACACACGAUCUUUCAGGGACAGAUGAUCUACAGUGCCAGGGCCCUGGCACUGUGGAGCUGAAUUAUGCCGCCUUGCACUUCUCUGAGAGGAACACUAAAAAAGGGAAGAAGAAGAAGAAGAAGAAGAGAGGGCGGCCUCAAGACAGUGUCUACUCUGAAGUGAGAAGCUUCAGUUAGUUAUAAAUUUACAUACAUUAUGACUCUGAACAUCAGAUGUGAACUCUUAAAAUCUCAUGCUGAUUACAGAAUUAUUAUUAUUAUUAUUAUUAUAACUACAUGGAUUAUAAUGCAAAGUGGCUGAGUUAUUCCAAAGUUAUAAAAGUGUAAGCAAGCAAAGUUUAUUUAUAUAGCGCUUUUUACACCAGUUAUUUAGCAGCUUUACAUAAAAUUUAGCAUUGGAAAGAAAAUCCAGGUCCAAGCCCCUAUGAGCAAGCCAGUGGCAGCAGAGAAAAGGAAAAAACCCCUGAGGGCAGGAGGAAGAAACCUUGAGAGGAGCCAAGACGCACAUGGGGAACCCAUCCUCCUCUGGUUGACACCGGAUAGCAAACACUUUUAGCAUAAAGUGUAGUUAAUACUUAGUACUGUUAAAGCAAUAGAGAGGAAGUGACUCUUACAGAUGCGAAUCUGACCUCUUAACAUUUCAGAUCAUGUGAAGUUUUGAACUGCAGUGCUCAGAGCCAGAUGAGUCAUACCUCAUAAACAAGCUUCUUCCUAAAAGAGGAAUCAAAGAGUUUUUAAACUGUAGUGUUUACCAUUAUCUCUUCAUUUUCUUUUUUGUUCUAUUACACUUUGUCUUUACUUGUCAAGUGUUGAUCUGUGAGCUGUAACCUGUGCAAACAUGCAAAUAAAGUAAACAUGUUAAUCCAA